CCCAGUCUCUUUGCUCGCGUCUGGAAACCCCUCUUCAGUCGCCUGAAUCAGUACCUCUACUCGCAGGUCAUUCGGAGCAACCACUUCACCACUGCGGGAGCCGUUCAACUCCAGUACGACAUAGCACAAUGCCUUCGGGCGGUUGUUCUGACGUACACGGAAAGAGCCGAAGAGUACAUUGGUGAAUGCCUAGACGCCUGCAAGCUGCUCACACUGCCUAUGGGAGUAGCCGAAUUGCUCAAGGAGGAACUCAAGCAGUCUCUGACUCCCGGUUCUCAGGCCUCUUCUACUCUCAUGCCCCUCAUCGAGUUGGGCAUAUCAAGGUUGAGCCCUGAUGAAGUAUACGAAAUCCUCUUGCUUCGCUUGUAG